UUGAGCGAAUCAGCAUCAUGGUGAUCCUGCUCAACUGUGUGACCCUAGGCAUGUACCAGCCCUGUGAGAACAUCGACUGCACCUCCGACCGAUGCCAGAUACUGCAGGCGUUUGAUGCCUUCAUUUACUUCUUCUUUGCACUGGAGAUGGUGGUGAAGAUGGUGGCACUGGGGAUCUUUGGCCGUCGCUGCUACCUUGGCGAUACCUGGAACCGACUGGACUUUUUCAUCGUCAUGGCAGGGAUGGUUGAAUACUCCCUAGAUCUCCAGAACAUCAACUUCUCUGCCAUCAGGACGGUGCGAGUCUUGAGACCACUCAAAGCCAUCAACCGAGUUCCCAGCAUGCGUAUCCUGGUGAACCUGCUGCUGGACACGCUGCCCAUGCUGGGGAACGUGCUUCUGCUCUGCUUCUUCGUCUUCUUCAUCUUCGGCAUCAUCGGCGUGCAGCUCUGGGCUGGACUGUUGCGCAACCGCUGCUACCCAGAAGAGAACUUCACGCUCACCUCAGGGAUCACGCUCCCGGCACCAUACUAUCAGCCCGAGGAGGACGACGAGCGGCCCUUCAUCUGCUCAUUGGGGCAGGACAAUGGCAUCGUGACGUGCCGGGACGUGCCGACGCGGCGGGAGGGCGGUCGCGAGUGCUGCCUGGACAAGGAUGACGUCCUGCACCGGCAGGCGCUGGGCCUCGGACCGGAGCCGCUCAACAGCAGCGCCAGCAUGGGCCUGUGUGUCAACUGGAACCAGUACUACACGCGCUGUUACACGGGCUACAGCAACCCACACAAGGGCGCCAUCAACUUCGACAACAUCGGCUAUGCAUGGAUUGUCAUCUUCCAGGUGAUCACUCUGGAGGGCUGGGUGGAGAUCAUGUACUACGUCAUGGAUGCCCACUCCUUCUACAACUUCAUCUACUUCAUCUUCCUUAUCAUCAUCGGCUCUUUCUUCAUGAUCAACCUGUGCCUGGUGGUCAUCGCCACGCAGUUCUCUGAGACCAAGCAGCGGGAGCACCAGCUGAUGCAGGAGCAGCGCGCCCAGUGCCUCUCCUCCAGCACGCUGGCCUCGCUCCGAGAGCCGGGCGACUGCUACGAGGAGCUCUUCCAGCUGGUGUGCCACAUGCUGCGCAAGGCCCGCCGGCGCUCCGCCGCCCUCUACUACACGCUCCGCGGCCGACCGCCGCCGCCACCCACCGGCGGGGGAGAGGGCAGGGCGGGCAGGGGUGGCGGCGGCGGAUGUGGAGGAGGUGGUGGAGGGGCCAGCGCUAAUGGAGGGGAGCGGCACCACGGGCAUUCAGGGCAUGUGUCCCACUGUCUACACCAGAGCAGGCUGGAGCACAGCUCCCAGGCUCUGGACAAUGCCAUCUCUCUCUCCGUCACCUCCAAUCCUGAAGACUGCCCCCAGUGUUCCGCCGCGCUGUCACUCAGGGAAGGGGGCGGGGCCAUGGGAGAUUCGGCCAAUGGGGACGAGGACGAGGAGGGGACUCUGGAGGAGACUGACAGGGAGGAGACCCACCUGGACGAUAGGAAGGAGUGUGACGCGGAGCGUAAAGGGCGGGAGAAGAGGAGGUCCUGCCUGGGCUUCUGCAAGGAUGUGUGGGACGAGAUGCGGGUCAAGCUGCGGAGUAUAGUGGAGAGCAAGUACUUCAGCAGAGGGAUCAUGAUCGCCAUCCUCAUCAAUACAAUAAGCAUGGGCAUUGAGCACCACAAUCAGCCUGACGAGCUGACCAAUGUCUUGGAGAUCUGCAAUAUUGUCUUCACCAGCAUGUUCACCUUGGAGAUGAUUCUGAAGCUGACCGCCUUCGGGUUCUUUGAAUACCUGCGUAACCCUUACAACAUCUUUGAUGGCAUCAUUGUCAUAAUCAGUGUGUGUGAGAUCAUAGGCCAGGCCGACGGGGGUUUGUCUGUGCUGCGGACCUUCAGGCUUCUGCGUGUGAUUAAGCUGGUGCGCUUCAUGCCUGCCCUGCGUAGGCAGCUGGUGGUGCUCAUGAAGACCAUGGACAAUGUGGCCACAUUCUGCAUGCUUCUCAUGCUCUUCAUCUUCAUCUUCAGCAUCCUGGGUAUGCACAUCUUCGGCUGUAAGUUCAGUCUGAAAACAGAAGCAGGGGACACGGUUCCAGACAGGAAGAAUUUUGACUCCCUGCUCUGGGCCAUUGUGACCGUGUUUCAGAUCCUGACCCAGGAGGACUGGAACAUGGUGCUGUAUAACGGCAUGGCCGCCACCUCUCCCCUGGCCGCCCUCUACUUCGUGGCCCUCAUGACCUUCGGGAACUACGUGCUCUUCAACCUGCUGGUGGCCAUCCUGGUGGAGGGCUUUCAGGCGGAGGGAGAUGCCAAUCGCUCGUACUCCGAGGACGACGACCGAUCCUCGUGCAAUUUCGAGGAGAGCGACAAGCUGAAGGAUCCCCUCCAGCUGUCAGAUCCAAAAAUCUGCACCCUCACCCCCAAUGGCCACCUGGACCUGGCACCGUCCCCGAACCCCUUGGGGCUGUAUCCGGCCGAGCGGCUCACCUUCGCCCUGGGCUCCAGGAAGAACAGCGUCAGCUCGCUGGGUCGAGCCAACCUAGAGCAAAGGGCACUGGUGUGUCCAGGACGUGGCUCUCUGUACCACAACUGGGGCCGGCCUAUACCACAAGCGGUGUGGAACCGGCGCUCCAGCUGGAACAGCCUGGGCCGGCCCACCCAGGGGCUGGGGGUGGGGGUGGGCUUGGGUGGUGGUUGUGGUGGCGGAGGGGGCAGCCUUCGGCUCCGCGGCCCGCCUCAGUCUUUCCUGGCCGAGCAGGAGUCCCUGCUGUCGCCCCCGCCCCUCCACCUCCCUCCGCACCUCCUCUCGCGCCACCUCUACCCCCGCCGAGAGCGCCGCGCCUACUCUCUGGAGCUGCCGGAACUGCUGCAGGUGCCCCUAGGGGGGCCACCCCUAGCCCUGCCCCUGCCCCUACCCCUGCCCCUACCCCUGCCCCCGCUCCACGCUCACAUUCCCCGCAAGAAGAGCUUCUCUGAGGGGCCGGUGAGCGUGGGCAGCGAGCACCAGGACUGCAACGGAAAGACGACGCUGUCGGCCCAGCAGCGGCUCCUCGCUGAGGUCUACCCCCAGGUCAACCCGCGCAAAGACAGGGAGGACCUCGACGACGAGCUGGACUACAGUCUGUGUUUCCGGAUCCAGAAGAUGGUCGAGGUAUACCGGCCCGAGUGGUGCGAAGCUAGGGAGGACUGGUCCAUCUACCUCUUCUCCCCCAGGAACAGGGUCAUGCUUAGACAAUUAAUGAUUCCUUUCCUUUUCCCCCCAUCCUCCCGGUUUCCUUCUCUCCACAGGUUCAGGAUGAUGUGUCAGUCCAUCAUAGCACACAAGCUGUUUGACUACAUAGUGCUGGCCUUCAUCUUCUCCAACUGUAUCACUGUGGCUCUGGAGAGGCCUAAGAUCCUGCAGGGCAGUCUGGAGCGGUGGUUCCUCACCAUAUCUAAUUACAUCUUCACCGCCAUCUUCGUGGGGGAGAUGACACUCAAGGUGGUGUCAAUGGGGAUGUAUGUGGGUGAGCAGGCUUACCUCCGUAGCAGCUGGAACGUUCUGGAUGGAUUCUUGGUCUUCGUGUCGCUCAUCGACAUUGUGGUCUCUAUGGCGGGCGGGGCCAAGAUUCUGGGUGUGCUGCGGGUACUCCGGCUCCUGCGGACCCUGCGCCCCCUCAGGGUUAUCAGCCGAGCGCCAGGCCUGAAGCUGGUGGUUGAGACGCUGAUCACCUCUCUAAAGCCGAUUGGAAACAUUGUUCUGAUCUGCUGUGCUUUUUUCAUCAUCUUUGGGAUCCUAGGAGUCCAGCUUUUCAAAGGGAAGUUUUUUUACUGCCUGGGUCCAGAUGUCAAAAACAUCACCAACAAGUCUGACUGUCUCUUGGCCAAUUACAAGUGGGCCCAUCACAAGUACAACUUUGACAACCUCGGGCAGGCUCUGAUGUCACUGUUUGUCCUGGCCUCCAAGGACGGCUGGGUCAACAUCAUGUACCAUGGCCUGGAUGCUGUGGCCGUGGACCAGCAGCCCGUCACCAACAACAACCCGUGGAUGCUGCUCUACUUCAUCUCCUUCCUGCUGAUCGUCAGCUUCUUCGUGCUCAACAUGUUCGUGGGCGUGGUGGUGGAGAACUUCCACAAGUGCCGGCAGAACCAGGAGGUGGAGGAGGCCAAGCGCCGGGAGGAGAAGAGGCUCCGCCGCAUGGAGAAGAAGAGACGCAAGGCUCAGAAGCUGCCCUACCACGCCAGUUACAGCCACGUCCGACAAAUCAUACACAACUUCUGCACCAGCCACUACCUGGACCUCUCCGUCACCUUCAUCAUCUGUGUCAACGUGGUCACCAUGUCGCUGGAACAUUACAGCCAGCCUCACUCUCUGGAGAUAACACUGAAGUACUGCAAUUAUUUCUUCACCACAGCCUUUGUGCUGGAGGCUAUUCUGAAGCUCAUCGCCUUCGGAGUCCACCGCUUCUUCAAAGACAGGUUUAACCAGCUGGACCUGGGCAUCGUGUUGCUCUCGGUGAUGGGCAUCAUCCUGGAGGAGAUCGAGAUCAGCGCCGCCCUUCCCAUCAACCCCACCAUCAUCCGCAUCAUGAGGGUGCUACGCAUAGCGCGCGUGCUUAAGCUGUUGAAGAUGGCUACUGGGAUGAGAGCCCUUUUGGACACCGUGGUGCAAGCACUACCACAGGUGGGGAACUUAGGCCUCCUCUUCAUGCUGCUCUUCUUCAUCUAUGCCGCUCUGGGGGUGGAGCUCUUUGGAGAACUCGUCUGUAAUGAGGAGUAUCGCUGUGAGGGUAUGAGCCGUCAUGCCACCUUUGAGAAUUUUGGCAUGGCGUUCCUCACUCUCUUCCAGGUCUCUACUGGAGACAACUGGAACGGUAUCAUGAAGGACACACUGCGCGAGUGCCCCUCCGGCCCGGAGUACACGUGCAACCCCAGCCUCCAGUUCAUCUCACCCAUGUACUUUGUGAGCUUCGUGCUGACGGCACAGUUUGUGCUCAUCAACGUGGUGGUGGCCGUGCUCAUGAAGCACCUGGACGACUCCAACAAGGAGGCGCAGGAGGAGGCCGAGAUGGACGCCGAGAUCGAGCUGGAGCUGGCCCAGGGCACGCUCUGUUGCAUGGGCACCGGCGGGCCAGCUGGAGGAGGUGCAGGGGCUGGGUGCAGCAGGGGCCGGAUUGAACCGUGUGGAGGAAUACCAGGCCCCAGCACCGGCAUCCACCCCCAUUUAGCCAGCCCGCACUCCAGCCCCCACGAGCCCGGAGACUCACACCGGAUCUACUCACCUGCCCAGGAGAGCCUAUGGUUGGACAGUGUGUCCCUGCUGAUCAAAGACUCCUUCGAGGGCGAGAUGCUGAUGAUUGACAACCUCUCUGGGUCCGUCUUCCACCACUACUCCUCCCCUCCCGUCUGCAAAGACUGCAAGACUCACCCGCAAGAGGAAAUCCGAAUGGCUGAGCUGGAGCAGGCUUCCCUGAGGUCCGAGCCGCUCUCGGACAAGUCCUCGUCACCGGCGCUGCCCGAUAACCUCAGCUUGGAUGAGCAGAGCGUCUUUCAGCUGCUGAUCCAGCAGGACAGCAAGGAUGAGAAUGGCACCGAGGACACCCACCACUCUGAGGAAACAGAGGCCCAUGGGGAAGUUUGGGAUCCAGCAUCAGAGCCACAGCACUCCCAUGGCCCCUGCUCUCUGACGGGUUGGGAUCCAGCAUCAGAGCCACAGCACUCCCAUGGCCACUGCUCUCUGACGGGGGGAGGGGAGCCGAGGCCGGAGGAGGAGGAGGCCCAGAGGCAGAUGCAGCAGUCCAGCCACAUCCUGCCACAGCACAGCCCCGGUGGGGCUGAGAGCAGCAGUAGCAGCAUCCGAACAGGAGGACAUGGCUGUGAAAGCAGAGGUGCUGGGUGCGGAGGUUCCUCUCCCGGUCCCUUCCAGCUCCCUGCAGAGUUCUUCCACCCCACUUCGGCAGCCAUCCCGGCGCCCCCCAGGGCUCGGCUUGGCCACCGAUCCAAGCGGCUGAAGAUGACGUCUCCAGCCUCCUGGGCAUCACUGAGAUCUCCAGGAGCCAACAGCAGGAUGCUCUGCACCCAGUACCCAUCACACAGUGACUCCUCUCUGGCCACGGGGAGCUCAGACGGCAGUCUCCAGACCACCAUGGAGGAAGGCUUGAGCUUUAGCGUGUCACCCCCUCAGGAUCUAGAUCUUCCCCUGCCCUCCCAUUCCCCCUUGCGAGAAGAAGGCAGUCCACACCCCAGAGACAGCCUGACACCCCACAACACCACCUCUGUCACAUUCAGCCUCCAAGCCACCAGGGGUCACCAGAGAAGUCAGAGCAGCUGCGGUGGCAGCACCAGCCCUGGCUGCCACCGAGAGGAUUCCAUGGAUCCGUCCGACGAGGAUCUGGGCAUCGUGAUCGGCGGGUGCAGCAACAGCGAACAGUUGUCAGAGACGCUGAGUAGCCUCUCAUUAACCUCCCUCCUCUGCUCCAGCUCACUGCUGCCUCCGGUGGUGAAGAAGAGCAACAGCACUGGUAGCCUGGACCAGGGAAAUCUCUCCAGCAGAGGGAAGGAUGGUCGGCCCCAGGGUUACAUGAGCAACACUUGGUCAGACCAGAGAAUGGGCAGAGGAGAGGUGGAAGGUGGACAAUCAGAAAUGACAGAGCCAGAGGGGAAAAGUACAAGCCAAAUAACAGUAGUGGCCUCCAAGAAAAACAGAUGA